GUGGCCGCUCUGGAGGACAUGCUGCGGGAGCUGAAGCUGCAGUCCUGCAAACCUGCCCCAGAACUGCUGAAUGAAUACUCUCGCAAAGUAGACUUCCUAAAGGGACUUUUAGAAGCCGAAAAAUUGUCUUCAUCAACGGAAAAGGCUCUGGCAAAUCAGUUCUUGGCACCCGGACGUACCCCUACAACAACCAAAGAGAGAACCCCAGCUACUAAAACAGUUCAUCUGCAGACAAAGGCUCGUUGCACAGGCAAGAUGAGGAGUGAGCUGCUUGGUACAGACCCCUUGGCUAUCGAUGAUUCUGAAGAAUUAAACAUAAGGAAGCGGAAAGGCCUUGCAUCGGAUGAGAAGCAGUCAGCAGUGGAGCUGGAUGCUGUGUUACAGCACCAUCAGGAUAUGCAGGAGAAGUUAGCGGAAGAAAUGCUAAGUUUGGCUCGCAGUCUCAAAAACAACACUCUGGCUGCUCAGAAUGUGAUAAAACAAGAUAACCAGACACUGUCACAUUCUCUCAGGAUGGCAGACCAGAACUUCGAAAAGCUCAAGGAUGAAUCUGACCGCCUUGAACAGCACGCAAAGAAAUCAGUCAACUGGCUGUUGUGGAUAAUGUUAAUCGUAGUUUGUUUCAUAUUCAUCAGCAUGAUUCUCUUUAUCAGGAUUUUCCCCAAACUAAAAUGAUUUAUUUUUUUUUAAUUUAAAACUGACAGAAGUGCAGUUGGAAAGCUCAGAUGGUGUGAUAACUGUCAGCAGUCCAUUUUUUUUGACACCUAUCAUGUCCUUAAAGCGGCUGUCCAAGGCCUAGCCUUGCA